UAAUUAUGGACAUGACAUCAAAACAUAAGGAAAACGAUAUAAAUAACCUAAAAAGACAUGUUUUUAUUGUAAUAUAAUCUAAAUACAUUAUAUAUUGACUUAUUCUUACAGCAUCGACAUUAUAAGUAUCUACAAAAUGUCUUCAAUUUAUUAGGAAAAUUGUUAACAAUGAACAAAAUUUUACGUACCAACCAACUAUUUUCAGUGAGCUAACCACUAAAGUACUAUGAAAUUUAUGAGAAUACUAUUACCCAUAACGAUAUGUUGUGUGGCAAUUGUCGGCGAUUACAUUGUUCUCAAGUGUAAAUAUUCGGAAUCGUUUUUAUUCCGUGCCAUAAGUGAUAAUACAGUGCAUGCACUAAUUGGUAUGCUCUCGGCAAUGUUAUUUAUGGAUGGAAUCGAUCUAACGAAGCAAGCUUACUUCUACAAUGUCGCAUUUUGUACAAUUAUAUCAUCAUUCAUAGAUCUUGAUCACUUUCUUGUGGCUAAAUCUGUUUAUAUAAAGGAUUUGAUGAGCUUAAAAGAAAGAGGAAUAUUCCACUGUACUACACUUUGGCUCCUUAUCACAUUAGUGCUACUUUUAUACAGCUAUAUAUACCAAAAGUUAAACAUAUAUUUACUGACAUAUAUGAUAACAAUAGCAUAUACAAGUCACCACAUACGGGACUCUACAAGGAGAGGUAUCUGGUUGUAUCCAUUCGGUCAUACAGUCCCAUUGAAUAAAUAUUUAUAUAUAUUUGUGACAGCGACUUUACCUUUGGUAUUGUCAUAUUUACAUCAGUGUUAUAAACCAGGAAGUAAAAAUACUAACAUACAUUAUAGUAUGUUGGUUUAGGAAAAGAUUAACACCCUUAUUCAUAAUAGUCUGCUGACUUAAAGCAUUGCUAAUUCGCACUCUGUCUUUUUCUAUUGACCUAAGUCAGAAUGAGAAAAAACACUCCUUAGCGGCUGUUUUAAGUUAGCGGACCAUUAUGAAUAAUAUUUAUAUUAUUAGUGAUGAUUAGAAUAUUAUUUAUUAUGAUAAUUGAUUCUAUUUACAAUAAAUUAUAUACAUAUA